AUGGGCACCUCAAUCUACUUCUACAACCCAUCCCUAGCCGCCUCAAUCCUCUUCACAAUCCUCUACACCCUCCCCUUAACUUACCACACCUACCUAUCCCUCAUCGCUCCCUACACAGGCCACUACCACAAAGUAAGCUACUUCAUCCCCAUCGCCAUCGGCGCCGCAACAGAAGUCGCCGCCUACGCCAUCCGAGCCGCCAGCGUAAAACAACAAGACAAUAUCGGCCUCUACGCCACCUCCGCAACUUUGAUCGUGAUAGCCCCCGUCCUCGUCUGCGCAAGCCUCUACAUCCUGAUCGGGCGAUUGAUCCGGUCCGCCGGCAGUUGUGCUGCUCCUAGCCCCAACACCGAGACGAAGAAGCCAGUGCUGCUGUUCGGGAGGUUCUCGCCGUCUUGGAUCCCCCGGGUGUUUGUUACGUCGGAUGUCGUUAGUUUUCUGACGCAGGCGGCUGGGAGCGGGAUUGCUUCUUCGAAUGAUUGGGUAGGGAAGGAGAAGGAUAUUGGUGUUGGGGUGCUUAUUGCCGGGUUGGUGUUACAGCUUGUUACUUUUGGUUUUUUUCUUGUGGUCGUGGUUUGGUUUGAUCGGAGGUCUUCGGCUGCUGGGGAGGUUGAGUCUGGGGUGAGGUCGGUUUUGAAUGGAAUUUAUGUGGCUGGGGGAUUUAUUACGAUUCGGUUGAUCUAUCGGGUUAUUGAGUUCUGUAUGGGUAUGGAUACCUAUACCUGGACUCAUGAAUGGCCGUUGUAUGUCCUUGAGGCCGUGCCGAUGUUGAUUGCAAUGAUGGUUCUGGGUUGGUAUCAUCCGGCUAGGUGGCUUCCGGUUGGACUUGGUGCGAGGUCGAAGUAG